AUGUCGAGUGCAGCGCCGAAGCAAGUCAAACCAAGAGCAGAGAAGAGGCCGGAGCGAAAAAAUGGAGGUCGUUCAACCCAGCCUGGCGGACUUCGCUCGCCCCACGGGUGGCAGCCCCAUGUCUCUGGAGCCCUGCUCAAAAAGCGGGAUGAGCUCCAACCGGUCCGUAUGGCUCUUCCUAUCUGGCCUCAGGCAGAGCCGAUCCGCCAUGCGUUGCGUAGAAACAACGUUCUCGUGCUCACCGGUGAGACCGGUUCCGGAAAAUCCACUCAGGUGCCGCAGUUCCUCGCCUCGGAGCCCUGGUGUACAAAGACGAUCGCAAUCACUCAGCCGCGUCGAGUGGCAGCAAUAUCCCUAGCACGGCGCGUCGCAGAUGAGAUGGGAAGCUUAUUCGGCAGCCAGAGCCCUGCGGCCAGAGUGGGGUACAGCGUCAGAUUUGACAACGCAACUGGGCCGAAUACGAAGAUCAAAUUCCUGACCGAGGGUAUGCUUCUUCAAGAGAUGCUCCGCGAUCCGAGCAUGAGCCAGUAUAGCGCAGUAAUCGUCGAUGAAGUCCACGAAAGAAGCGUGAACGUUGACUUGAUCCUUGGUUUCCUGAGAAACCUUGUGUCCGAUAUGGCCAGAGACGGGAAAAAGCGGAAAGCUCCGCUGAAGGUCGUUGUUAUGAGCGCCACCGCAGACGUAAAAGGAUUGGUGCGGUUCUUUGCCGACGGAUUGCCCUCCCCGUCCGGCAGCGCGAACGGAACCCUGGACGUCCCUAGCACACAGAAUAAAGCCGAACCAAACCCAUUAGCCACUGACCAGAUAUCAACCUGCUUUGUAGAAGGUCGUCAAUAUCCUGUCAAAACCAUCUAUCUACCGCAGCCGACGUUGGACUGGACCGAAUCAUCGCUCAAACUUAUCUUCCAAAUACACUACAAGGAGCCCUUGCCGGGUGAUAUUCUCGUUUUCCUUACUGGACAAGAGGUUAUCGAAGGACUUGAGAAGCUGGUCAAUGACUAUGCGGAGGGAAUGGACAAAGAGAUUCCAAAGCUCCUACCACUACCGCUCUUCGCGGCUCUCCCGCAACAAGCUCAGCAACGCAUCUUCCAGCCGGCGCCGUACCGAACGCGCAAGGUAAUCCUCGCCACCAACAUCGCCGAAACCUCCGUCACAGUCCCCGGUGUACGAUACGUGAUCGACUGCGGCAAAUCCAAAGUCAAGCAAUUCCGGAACAAGCUCGGUUUAGAGUCGCUGCUUGUCAAGCCCAUAUCGAAAUCCGCGGCUAUUCAGCGCAAGGGUCGAGCAGGUCGAGAAGCCCCCGGUCAAUGCUAUCGCUUGUACACCGAGAGCGAAUAUACGGGAUUAGAAGAACGGACGGUGCCUGAAAUCCUGCGAUGCGAUCUCAGCCAGGCCAUUCUGACGAUGAAAGCGCGCGGUGUUGACGAUGUGCCGAAUUUCCCAUUCUUGGAUCGACCGCCGAGAGAAGCUCUCGAGAAGGCCUUGAUGCAGCUACUCAAUCUCGGCGCGUUGACAGAAACGGGUUGCAUUAGUGAUAUCGGUCUGAAGAUGGCCAAACUACCGCUUACGCCAGCGCUUGGCCGCAUCCUGAUCGAAGCCGCGAAACCGGAGCGUGACUGCCUCCACGAGGUUAUCGAUAUCAUAUCAGCCCUCAGCAUCGACGGCAGCAUCUUCCUGAAUCUCGUGACUGAGGAGCGGAAAGAGGCGGCCGAAGAAGCGAGGCGAGAGCUGUAUCGUCGUGAGGGCGAUCACAUGACCUUUUUAGCUACGGUGCAGCAGUACGCGGAAGAGCAGACGGAUCGAAAGGCAUGGUGCGAGAGGCACUUCGUCUCUCACCGCACCAUGCAGAACGUAAUGAACAUCCGCAAACAACUCCGCCAGCAAUGCCAAGCCCUGAAACUCCUGUCCUCCCCCGAUCCCCCUGGGCCCUCGGAGAAUAAAACCGAAGCAAUCAUCGCCUGCCUCAUUCGCGGCUUCAUCAACAACACCGCCCGAUUGAUGCCCGACAAUGUCUACAGAACGGUUAUCGGCAAUCAGAAGAUAUCUAUUCAUCCUAGCAGUGUGCUUUUCGGGCGCAGGCUCGAGGCGAUUUUGUUCAGCACGUUUGUGUUUACGAACAAGACGUGGGCUAGGGACGUGAGUGCGGUGCAGUUGAAUUGGGUGGAGGAGGCUUGGGAUGGGAUGAUGUGA